AUGUAAUCCUCAACUCGUAUCAUUGACGGUUUAUACAUUGGAAACUAGAGCACAGCACAUGUAAAUGAUAAAUAAAACAAUAGGACCUAGAAUUCUUAAUAACGAAUAAAAUUACAAAGAUUAUAAAUUGUGCUGGUAAAUAAAUUCCAAAUCAUUGGGAAUCAAUUGGAAUAGAAUAUUUAACAUAUUGUUGGAUUGAAACAGAUAAUCAAUUUGCAAUUGAUCAUUCUCGUUGUUUUUCAUUUAUAAAUGAUAACUUGGAAGCAGGAGAAGCUGUUUUAGUUCAUUCAAUUAAGGCUCUUAAUCGUUCAGUGUUUGUGAUAGUAGUCUUUUUGAUGAGAAAGUAAUUAAAUAUGUUUAAGUAUAUUUAGAUUUAAAUGGACUUUGUAAAAAACUCUUUAAUAUGUUCAGAAUCUUAAAAAUAAUGCUGAAAUAAAAUAAAAUGUGAUGCAGUAACUUGAGAAUUUUGAAAAAUGGCUUCACUUAAGUAAAUUGAGUAAUAAUUGGGAUUCAACUUAAAAUUAAGAUGAGGUUGUGGCAAGAAAUACAUAUCUAAAUAGUUAAAAGUCAUAAGAAUGUGAAUCAAGAGUAAGAAGAGAUGUAGGUUCUAAAAAAGUUUAAUGGAAUAAAUUCAUCAUUAGCCAAUACAUUCCUCCUUAUUAUUAAAUGUAAUUCUUUUUUUUUUAAGUUUAAGUCAAUUCAAAAAUUUAUCGAAAUCUUAACCUGAACCUAUAAAUUAAGUUAAAAAUUAAAGCACUUAACUUCCUAUAAAACUUAGAAGACAAACUACUGAUAAUUGGUUGAUUAAAAAACUACCUUUAAAUUAAGUUGUUGAAGAAAAAAAGAUGAAUCUUUUCAAUAUUAAAUCUGAUAGGCAAUAAAUAAAACCAUUGUUAAGACCAGGUACUGCACCUUAAAAAAGACUUGUAAAAAAUAAAUGGCAAUCAUAAUCCCAUAGAGUGUUAGUUAAAUAAUCAUGAUUAUAAAUAUAAACAAUCUUUUUUGAAU